GAGAGCAUAGAAUGAAAGGAUCUAAUUGCAAAAGAGAAAAAUCCAGACACCCAAUUGUGUAAUUGUUGAAAGUUGGAUAAGCUGGAGAGGAGAGGAGAGGGGGAGCGCACCGCCGUUAUCGGGGAGAUUCGGUGAUCGGCCGCCGUCCGUUCCGUUUCGAUGCCGAGACGGAUUUGUUAUUACGGGAUGAGAGCGUGUGCGUGCUUACGACAGUUUGUGCUUUAUUGUCGUACUCCGUUUUGAGUGUCUCGUGUAUCGUAGACACGGAGAGUAACGAGCAGACAUUGAGACGGGACACGAUGAGGCCAGAGGAAGAAGAAGCAGCAGCAGCAGAGACCCUAGUGGAGGCCGCGAUGAGGGUCCUGAGCACGCCCGACCCCUUCGACAAGGCCCGGCUCGGCGACUCGGUCGCCACCCGGUGGCUCCACGGCGCCAUCCCCCGACCCUACGACCCUUCCGCCCACCUCACCGUGCCGGACCGACCCGCCAGGCUCGCCGAUGUUAAGCUUGUGUCGCCCGGGCUCAUGCCCAAGCUCGGGAAAGCGGGCAGCUUGCAGAGCAGGCAGGCCAUCGUGCACAGUAUGGCGCACACCGAGAGCUGGGCUAUUGACUUGUCCUGGGAUAUAAUUGCUUGCUUUGGUAAGCAAGAGUCAAUGCCAAGAGAGUUCUUCACCGAUUUCGUGAAAGUGGCCCAAGAUGAAGGUCGACACUUUACCCUCCUUGCAUCUAGGCUGGAGGAAUUGGGUUCCUUUUAUGGCGCAUUGCCUGCCCAUGAUGGCCUUUGGGACUCUGCCACUGCUACUUCCAAGGAUCUGUUGGCCCGUCUAGCCGUUGAACACUGUGUCCAUGAGGCUAGAGGACUUGAUGUAAUGCCGACCACAAUAUCACGUUUCCGCAGCGGAGGUGAUGAUAAAACAGCUGAUUUGCUGGAAAAUGUUGUUUAUCCCGAAGAAAUCACACACUGUGCUGCUGGAGUUAGAUGGUUCAAGUUUCUUUGUUUGAGGUCGCGCAAUUCGCCCAUUAGAGAGAUUGAGGUGGGAAAAGGGGAAAUGGGAUACGAGGAGGAUGCUGAAGUCGUUCAGAAGUUUCACGAGAUAGUAAGGAAUCACUUCAGGGGACCAUUGAAACCGCCUUUUAACAAGGAUGCAAGGAAAGCGGCAGGGUUCGGUCCUAAAUGGUAUGAGCCUCUUGCCUUCAAAGGGGCCAGCCAAGAAUGACUGCAAUCGUGCUACUCCUGUGGGCUGUAGUUCUAUAUGUGACUAUAUGUAACAGCUUCAGAUUAUUCCUCCUCUUGAACCUUUUUUCGUCCUUAAAGACUGGCAGAGUCCUCACAAUUGACAAACAUGAAUUACAAUUUUGCAAUGGGUUUUUUUUUUUAUGGCUUAGGCUGUAAUGGAAAAUGUCAUCGUGUUAGAUACAAUUACUUUUUGGAUUCGACGAUGUUUUGGUUUAGCAGAUUUAAAGACUUUCAGCUAGAGCAACUAGAGGAACUGUCGGGGCAUUAUGUAUAUCUGCUUUCAUGGAAUUGCAUUUGCUUUUAGUAA